AUGCUUUGUGUGGUAUCGGAGGCCGGUGAGAACCUCUGGGCAAUCCAGAGAUUCAAGAGAGCGACUACAUCGUCAAACCCCAAACCCAUCAUCAAGCUAUACUGGAGCAACAAACAAUUCGCUAGCUUGCCUCCUGACGGUGCUAAAGUCUCUGAUGAACAAGUUUACCUCAUCGUCAAGUUGACCUCCCAUGCUGAGUGCUACAAGCGGUGGCCUGAAGUAUUCAAGAAAGCCGAAGACAUCAAAGACGCGCGUCAACCUCACGACCCGGCACCACUUGCUCUAGCGUUUGGCUUGCCCUUCUACUUCGUGUAUAAGGACUACUACGUUUCCUGUGGUAAAAACCACCAGAAACCACUGGAGUCCACCAGAUUAGGCCAAAGGCAGCAGAAAUACUCAAAGGGGCACACGACUUCACUAUUGAUCCCAUCCUCGCCACCACUAAUGAGAGAAGUUGAAAGGAACGUACUAUGGUCAUAA